UCUCUCUCUCUCUCUCUCUCUCUCUCUUGAUUCGCCGUUUCUAUGAUGGAGUUUCUUCGUUUUGUUGUUUUGACUCUGUUAUGUCUUGCUCUUGCUGGGGGUGAUGCAACGACGUGGUCUCGUUCUGGAUGGGAAAGGAGCACCAUGAAUGCAGACUUAGAGAAGCCAGCUUUGACUCAACCUUUCGGUAUCUUUGGACGGGAAAGGAACAACAUGAAUGCAGACUUAGAGAAGCCAGCUUCAACUCAACCUUCUGGUGUUUUUGGAUGGAAAAGAAUCAAUAUGGAUUCAAACUUAGAGAAUUUAAGCUUGGAAUCAAUAUGCAAUACUAAGGAAAGGUUUGUAGGAGAAGAUGACAAGCUUUGUGCAGAGUCCAUCGAAUCAUUACUCGAUUUUGUCAUUUCAAAGCUGGGGAAGGAUAUCGUAGCAUUGACAAGCUCCUUCAUUCCUCAUCAAACUCAGUACACAAUAUUGGAGGGUGUACAGAAGGUUUCAAAUAAAGGGGUGAUGUGUCAUAAGUUGAAUUUCGAGAAUCCUGUGUUUUACUGUCAUCAAGUGAAUGCAACAAUCACUUACAUAGUUCCCAUGGAAGCUGCAGAUGGCACGAGAACAAGCAUAGUGGCUCUUUGCCACCGUGAUACAAGAGGCUUGGAUCCUUAUAAGUUGUUCCAUCAACUCAAGGUCAUGCCGGGAACUGUGCCUGUUUGCCAUUUUCUGGGUUCUGGAGCUAUUUCUUGGGUUCCAAAGAACAUUGAGCUUAAGGCUGCUUACUAAAUCGAGCUAGACUAUUCUCUUUGGAUUAUGACUUAUAAAUAAAAGCAUCACUAUGUAUAGCCCUAUGGGUUCUAGUGUUGUGCGCCAGAUAAAACUAUGUAUAAUGUUUGCAUGUUAUAAAAUAUUAUAUGCGUGCGUAUUGUGUAAUAAAAGCAUCAGUUCUAUAA